AUGAAGCGCAAAUUGGACGCCAAUGACGCGCCUACGGUGGAAGUCCUGGACGAGGCCAAGGCUGAUGAUGUUUCGUUUGACAGUUUCGGCCUCGAUCCUCGCUUGAUCCAAGCCGUUGCGAAAGCAAAGUUCUCUACGCCUACUCCGGUCCAGGCGCGAGUGAUACCUCUGGCACUCGAAGGGAAAGACGUUUUGGCAAAGUCAAAGACAGGCAGUGGCAAGACCGCCGCCUACGUACUGCCCAUCCUCCAAUCGAUCCUCCGCCGAAAGAAAAGCUCGCCGAAGGACAAGGUUACCUCGACUCUCGUUCUUGUGCCAACGCGCGAGCUGGCAGAUCAAGUUCAGAAGGCUUUCGCUUCCCUUUCGUCAUUCUGCACCAAAGAUCUACGAUCACUAAACUUGACACAACGACUUUCGGAUGCCGUGUUACAGGCGGUGUUGCAAGAGUCCCCAGAUAUCAUUGUCUCAACGCCGGGAAGAGUGACGCAGUAUUUGAAUUCCGGCCGAGUCUCUCUGGACAAAGUCAGUCAUCUGGUCAUCGACGAAGCCGACAUUGUCCUUUCAUAUGGUUACGAGGAUGAUAUCAAUACUAUCGCCUCCAUCCUUCCCCGCGGCGUUCAGACCUUCCUGAUCAGUGCAACGUUGACACCUGAGGUGGAGGAGUUGAAGAUCAUAUUCUGCCGCGAUGCGGCAGUAAUCAAGAUCGAUGAAAAGGAGGAGAAAGGUGAAGGGGUGACGCAAUAUGUUGUCCGUUGUGGAGAAGACGAGAAAUUCUUGCUCAUAUUCGUUCUGUUCAAAUUACGCUUGGUCAAGGGCAAGUCGAUCAUUUUUGUGCACGAUGUCGACAGGAGCUAUCGCCUGAAGUUGUUUUUGGAGCAAUUUGGAAUCAAGUCCUGCGUGUUGAACGCCGAGUUACCGGUAAAUUCCAGACUCCACGUCGUCCAAGAAUUCAACAAAGGCCUUUACGAUAUUCUUAUUGCCGCAGAUGAUCAAGAGGUCCUGGGUGGCAUUGUCAGAAGGUCAAAGGUGCAAACACAGGAUGGCAAUGCCCCAGACCACGAGAUGAGUGACGAGGACGACGAGGACGAUCAGCACGCUUCCAAGAAGUCGAAGCUCUCAAACAAUGAAAAGGACUACGGUGUUUCGAGAGGCAUCGACUUCCAGAAUGUCUCAUGCGUCAUCAACUUUGAUCUCCCGCAGAAUUCGAAGUCAUACACACACCGCAUCGGCAGAACGGCAAGGGCUGGAAAAGCAGGCAUGGCACUGUCAUUUGUGGUGCCCAAAGAUCGAUUUGGCAAACACAAGGCCACAAGCAUUCCGGCAUCAAAGAACGACGAGCGUGUCCUCGAGAAGAUCAUUGCUCGCCAGGAGAAGAAGGGCAACGAGGUGAAGCCUUAUCACUUCGAUAUGGGCCAAGUGGAUGCUUUUCGCUAUCGGAUGAAUGAUGCUUUGCGAGCGGUCACUCGCGCCGCAGUCCAUGAAGCCCGUGCCAGAGAGAUCAAGCAAGAAUUGAUCAAGAGCGAAAAGUUACGGAAACAUUUUGAAGAGAAUCCAGAUGACCUCCGUCAUCUCAGGCACGACGGCGAACAUGGUGCUAUCGUCCGACAUCAAUCUCAUCUGAAACACGUCCCCGAUUAUCUCAUGCCGCCUCAAGGGAAAAAAGGGGUCAGUACCGAAGACAUUGGAUUCGUGGGGUUGAGGAAAUUGGGCUCUGAUAGCAAGCGGAAAGACAAUAAAAAACGAGGUGGAGCUCGGAAAACUCGUGCAAGCGGAAAAACGAGAGGAAAGGUAGAUCCUCUGAAGUCGUUCAGUGCCAGGAAACGACGAUGA